UAAGUGGGGAUAGCUCAGUUGGGAGAGCGUCAGACUGAAGAUCUGAAGGUCGUAAGGAAAUAACAAGGAGGAAUGUCGAAACAAUAGAGUUGAUAAAGUUGGGAGCUUGGAAGUCCAAUUUUUCAAAGAAGGUUGGUGAAUCGCUUAAUGAUAUUGAGACAAUUUUGGAAGGUGGGGAGAAACCAAUUUUGGUCAUAGCAGAAAAAAUCAGGAUGUAUCUGAUGCUAAUAUUUGCUUGAAGGGAAGAUUCUAUGAACACAUGACAUGCCAAUAGUAAUCUUAAAAUCCAAAAAAUAGUUGAGAAAAACAAAGUGGACAGUAAAUCGUGCACUGCACACUAGGCCGGGGAAAGGAAGUGUCAGGUUUUGCAUGCUUAAGGAAGCCCAAUUUGUACCAGAUUUGUGAAGUCAAACAUGCUCCUACGGAAUAUGGAAUUUGAGUGGAAUUCUUUGUUGUCAUGUCCUUUCUAUACCAAGUCUUGUGUUCACAAGCCAUACAAUAAGGAGCUUUCAUGAAGGUUUGUGGAAAGAUGAUCCAUUCAAUUAGCGGUCAAGAAAUGUGGUUCAAAACUGGAAUAGCCCCAAAUUCUUGUGGAUAGAAAGCAACCUAAAAUACCUAAGAGAGUGAAAAAGAAGAGAAGUAGAGGAGAUAAUAAUAAUGGAAAUAAACCCAGCUCAGAAGUUUCUUCCAUGGCUUUGGUGGCAUCUUCAAGGGUACACAGUCCAUAUAUAGAUGGCAGUUCGUGGGCAUGGAGAGCCACCAUACAACUAUGAUCCCAAAAUCAAAAUGUACAAAUCCUGGAUUCAGUGUUGUGAGGAAGGAUCAAAACACAAAAGCUGGGAUGGAGUUCACCAUACUGAAGCUGCCACUGCAUUUGUGGCUUCAAAAAUACUCUCCGCACAUUACUCUGCUCCCCCCUCUAAGUUUGAUUGCUUUUGCACCCAAUUGAUAUCCAUCUAUGUAGAGUUUUUCCACUCCUUUAUUUGUCAAGCAAACAAGUGAACCAUUUGCAAUUAAACAAAAUGAAAAGACUCUUAGGGAGAGUUCAAUUAUUGAGAAAAGUUUUUCCAAGAAAUUUGAUUUAAAAUAAAAAUAUAUACUUGUGGUGGUGGUGCAAACAAAAAGUCAAAUGGAUUGGAUCUUGACACAGAUGAAUAAUACCACAUGGUAUACUGCAAGUCAAAGGGCUAAGAAAUGCAACUUGUACUUAGAGUAUUAUUUGAUCUGCAUUUAUUGAUUCCAAGAGCAUGUGAUCCAUUUAACCCAUCCUCACUACAUUACCUUUACUUCUUGACAAGCCAAAACCAAACCCCACUUGGAUUAUCUUUCAUUUUCCUGUCCCUUUUGAACUUUGACUACCAUUUUGGUUCUUCAUGCCUAUAAAAAAACAAGGGGAUUUGCAAAAGGACAGAUACUGUGUAGAUCAAAUCAGUGUGGACUGUCGGGAGGAUGAAGAUGAAUGAGAAGGGAGUGGGCUCUAUUUGGCCUGCUGUCAUAUUUGUUGUGGCUGUGAGCCUGUGUUUUGCCUCGAAUGUUGAGGGUGGGUGCAGUAGAAGUCCAGUGAUAUUCAACAUGGGUGACUCAAAUUCAGACACUGGCUCGGUUUUGAAUGGGUUUGGAUUCGUGAGGCCACCUCCUUUCGGUCGUCUCUUCCACAGGUAUGUAGGCAGGGUCUCUGAUGGAAGAUUGAUCAUUGAUUUCCUCUGUGAGAAUUUAACGACUAGUUACUUGACUCCAUACCUAAAAUCCAUGGGGUCAAGUUUUACUAAUGGAGCAAAUUUUGCUGUGGGUGGUGGAAAGACCUUUCCAAGAUUUGAUUUUUUCAACUUGGGCCUUCAAAGUGUUCAAUUUUUUUGGUUCCAAAAUCAAUCCAUUGAACUCACAUCAAAAGGUUACAAGGAUUUUGUGAAAGAAGAGGACUUCAAGAGGGCACUUUAUAUGGUGGAUAUUGGACAGAAUGAUUUAGCCUUGGCCUUCGGUAACUCCUCCUAUGCCCAAGUUGUUGAAAGAAUUCCAACUUUUAUGGCUGAAAUCGAAUAUGCUAUUGUGAGUCUAUACCAACAUGGUGGAAGGAAAUUCUGGGUGCACAACACAGGCCCGCUGGGCUGUUUGCCUCAACAACUUGUUAACAUCAGCAGAAGCUCAGAUGACUUCGAUAAUCAUGGAUGCCUCAAGUCUCGAAACAAUGCUGCUAAAAAAUUCAAUAAGCAAUUAAAAGCUUUGUGCAAAAAACUAAGAGCUGCCAUGAAGGAUGUCACCAUUGUCUAUGUCGAUAUCUUCGCCAUCAAGUAUGAUCUCAUUGCUAACGCUAAACUAUAUGGGUUUGAGAAUCCACUAAUGGUGUGUUGUGGGCACGGGGGCCCACCAUACAACUUUGAUAACUUGAUUCAAUGCGGUGGCGUUGGGUUCAGUGUAUGCGAGGAAGGAUCCAAAUAUGUGAGCUGGGAUGGAAUUCACUAUACCCAACUCGCCAAUCAAUUUGUGGCUUCCAAAAUUCUCUCCACUAAUUUCUCGACUCCUCCGCUUCACUUUGAUUUCUUUUGUGAUUAAUAAUUUGUUUUCCAAUUUUAAUUUAACUAUUAUU